AUGACCAGUAAAGGAACUGGCUUAAUACGAUCUACGAUCACCUUGCUACCAACCGGAACAUUCUUGACUGGUACCGUAAUUAUUGUCGAUCCUAUAUCAUUAUCGAUCGUUACUCAGACAACGUUCGGACCAGUACCAGGAACAAGCACAAUCCCACCGCUACCUGGAUGUACGGUGAACUGCUUUACGCAUGUUAUUGUUACUGUAGCUCCAGCAGGCGGUACUAUUACCGAAUCCACAUACGGCCCUACACCUGGUACCAGUAUAGUUCUCCCAUCUGCUGGAUGUACAGGAUACUGCCCUACUAGAAUUAUCGUUACCGCCACUGGCGGCUUUAGUACUAUCUCUACUUUUGGACCGACUGCAGGAACGAUUAUUGUUACUGUAGCUCCUACAGGCGGCAUUAUUACCGAAUCUACAUACGGCACUAUACCUGGUACCAGCACAGUUCUCCCAUCUGUUGGAUGUACAGGAUACUGCCCCAUUAGAAUUAUCGUUACCGCUACUGGCGGCUUUAGCACCAUCUCUACCUUUGGACCGACUGCCGGAACUCGCACAAUUCCACCACCUCCUGAAUGUACAGUGAAUUGCUUUACCCAAGUUAUUGUUACUGUAGCUCCUACAGGCGGCACGAUUACCAAAUAUACAUACGGCCCUACACCUGGUACCAGCACAUCUCUCCCAUCUACUGGAUUACCAUUUCAACCACUGGACCGACUGCUGGAACUAGUACGAUUCCGCCACUACCUGGAUGUACAGUAA